CUACAACUCACACAGACGGCUACCAAUCACAAGUUCCCACCACCACCACAUGGACAGAAGAUUUGCGGACAGUGAACGAGGGUCUGUGGGGAAGAAGGAAGAACCGGGUCGGGAGUGUUUGUGGAUUAUUACGUUUCCGCGAUUUUCUCUCCUCGGAUUUAUAUUGUCACGAGCGCAAUGUUUCAGGAAUCUAAAGCAGCAUCAUUCGUCCCUGUGCUGUGUCAGGUCUAACAGUGGAGCAGAGCUGAGGGUCAGUGGGCAUCAGGCCUGAGGGCCACAGACUGACUACAUGAGCAUGCUCGCUGCAAUGCUGCGCCAGAGUUCAGGCGGAGGGUCGGCAGGUGCUGGAAGUGGCGGAGGAACCAAGUUUUUGGGGAUCUCUCGGCUGUCCAGCUCCAGCAUGGGCGCGACAGGCCAGGCCAGUGCAGGUCCUUGGCAAGCUGGAAGGAACUCUAAGAAUGCUUCUAUGAACUCAGACAGCCCAGACUCCCCUGCAUCAGACCCAUAUUACAUCAUGCAGCUGGUCAGCGAUGUACGCAGGUUUGCUGACGUGCUCUUGCAACUUAAAGACGUCUUAAACUCCAAAGAUCACCAGGAAUGCCUUCAUCAUGCGGUGCAUGAGCGUCUCGGGGAGGUUCUGCGAGUUCUUAAAGCCAUCGUCAGCAAACACCAGAGGCUCAACUCGGUCGAGAUCCUCAGCUCAGCUGGAACCGUGAUCGCCUCAGUCAAAGGAGUGAACUUUAAGGAGGUGAACGAAGAGAACAAACACAGUCAUUUUGGAGAGAUCUUCACUGCCAUUGACACAUUGGCCUUCACGUUUGGCAAUGUAGUUUCUGACUUCCUUAUGGGAGAUGUAGAGAAUGGAUCGGUGUUGGGGCUCCCCCUGACUAAGAGAAGCAAAUCCUUUGAGAACCUCUCUGUGGAAUCUGGAGGAUCCGGUCCGGAGAAAGAUGAUCCACCAGGGCCGUCUCUGCCGGUGCGGGCCGAAGAAGUGGACCGGACGCUGCAGCGGCAGGACAGCGGAGUGGACUCGGCGCUGCAUUACGCCAAGUCCUGGUCCAAGUACACCAAAGAGCUGCUGGCGUGGGUGGAGAAACGACUCAGCAUGGAUAUCGAGUGCGCCAAGAGUUAUUCCAAAAUGGCAGAGUCUGCAAAGACACUCGCGAGUCAGCAGGAAUUCAUGCCUUUCCGUGAGAUUUAUAUGUCAGCUUUCAAAAAUGACAUUGAAUACAGCAAGCUGGUACUUCACACCGCAGCUGUACUCCAGAGCAACAAAUUCGUGCAGCCACUCCUGGCCAGAAAGAACGAGCUGGACAAGCUCAGAAAAGAGGUCAAGGAGCAGUGGCAGAGAGAGCUGAAGAAAAUGCAUGAGGCGGACAGCGCCUUGAAGAAGGCUCGGCAGCUGCAGGCCCAGAGGCAGGAGGAGUAUGAGAAGGCCAAGGUUUCUACCAGCCGUCUGGAAGAGGAGCAAAUUGGAGGAGCAGGAGGUCCUGCAGCUGUCAAACAGCUGGAAAAGAGGCGCAGGCUGGAGGAGGAGGCCUUGCAGAAGGCCGAGGAGGCGAGAGAGCACUGCAAGGCCUGCCAGGUGGACGUGGCGGAGAAGAGGAUCGAUCUGGCCAACACCAAGAGCGUGAUCAUCACGCAACUUCGAGAGAUGGUUUCCCAGUGUGACCUCACCCUCAAGGCUGUGACUGUCAAUUGGUUCCAGCUGCAGCAGGCUCAGGUCGUGUCUCUACCCGUGAACCACCAAACUCUAUGUGAGAACGCAAAGCUGUAUGAGCCGGGCCAGCGCUACAUCGACUACGUCAGGAGUUUAACCACCAAUGGCCCGAGGGUGGAGUCGCACUCAAUCGAUUCACCAGUCUCACCAAACCCAGGGUUGCCUCUCACCAAACGCUCCCUGAGUGGCAGCCAUUCCUCCCACAGCAAUCUCUCGCAGGGUUCCGUGAUCUCUGACCCGCUGUGUGCAGACGAGGUGGACAACGCGCCGCAUGCUAGGAUUGCAGAAAGACGUUCCAACAGCAGCACUGACAUCCAAGCACUACGGAUCCAGGGUCCAUUCCGCCCCUGGACCUCAGCUAGCCAGGGUGGCGGCAUGUGCAGCGACUCUGAAAGUGCCGGAGGAAGCAGUGAGUCACGGUCAAUGGACUCCCCCACAGCCAGUCCAGGGGACUUCAAGAGGAGACUACCCAGGACACCCUCUACAGGGACCAUGUCAUCAGCUGAUGAUCUGGAUGAUCGAGAGCCAUCGUCACCCUCAGAUACUGGUUUAAGUGAGCUGGUCAUCGAGGCUGCCAGCUCUCCUGGCCCUUUUAGAAACACACAGAUGUCGAAAGCGGCUCAAACACACAAGCUAAGAAAACUGAGAGCGCCCUCCAAGUGUCGCGAGUGUGACGGUCUGGUGGUUUUUCAUGGAGCCGAGUGUGAGGAGUGUUCGCUGGCCUGCCACAAGAAGUGUCUGGAAACUCUGGCCAUCCAGUGUGGCCACAAGAAGCUGCAGGGAAGACUCCACCUUUUCGGCAUCGAUUUCACGCAGGCAGCGAGGAACAGCCAGGAUGGGAUCCCUUUUAUCAUCCGGAAAUGUACAUCUGAAAUAGAGAACAGAGCGCUCAACAUUAAGGGAAUCUACCGGGUGAAUGGAGCCAAGUCCCGAGUAGAGAAGCUGUGCCAAGCGUUUGAGAACGGCAAAGACCUAGUGGAGCUAUCCGACCUUUACCCCCAUGAUAUUAGCAACGUACUCAAGCUCUACCUGAGACAGCUCCCAGAGCCGCUCAUCCUGUUCCGAUACUACAAUGACUUUAUUGGCUUGGCCAAGGAGUGCCAGAGCAUCAUCAUCGAGGAACUGGAGGCCAUUCGGCUGGGAACCGCCCCGGCUGUCCCCGCUCAAGUCAGUGUGGAGCUCAACAGAGUUCUCUUCAAGAUCAGGGACCUGCUGAGACAGCUGCCCCCCUCCCACUACAAGACCCUUCAGUUCCUGAUCGAGCAUCUGCACCGGGUGACUGAGCAGUCCGAGGAGAACAAGAUGACAGCGAGCAACCUGGGUAUCAUCUUUGGCCCCACGCUAAUCAAACCCAGACAGGCGGAUGCCGAAGUGUCCCUCUCCUCUCUGGUGGAUUAUCCCUAUCAGGCGCUCAUUGUGGAGCUCCUCAUCAAACACUACGAGAUGAUCUUCGACACCCCACUCAGCCCCUUGGGAAGCAGCUCGCCCACAGAAAUCGAUGGCAGGCCCCACACGGGCCUGUCGCACCAAGAGAAGGGGCAGCAGCUUAGUCGACACUCAAAGUCACUCGGGGACAUCAAGGAGCAGAGCUCCAAGGUCUACAAGAGAUACUCCUCCAUCAUCCCUUCAUCUCACCUGCUGGCAGAGGUUCGGGAGACCCAACCGAGCCUCGACGGGAAUGAUUUUGAACCUGCUGGUGAGGUGGAUUCUGGUGCCCUCAAUGGAGAUCUGUCGACAAGUGUUCCAGAGGUCUCAAAACCCGGUGAUCGGGGUCUCUGCCGCUCCCAACACAUCACGGUCACGAGGGUGCAGCUGCGACAACAGCGCAACAAACUCUCCUCUCGGCCGGUGAGUCUGCCGGCUGAGAGACUCUCCAAAAGAGGACAGGUGGACGACCCUCGGAACAGCGGCUCAGAGGACGACAGGAUACCUCUGGACGAGUCCAUCGAAGAGGUGGAUGAGACGGAGAAAGGAAAUGUGCGCAUGGGAACGCAUUACAGGAGCACCUUUAUUGACACUCAAACGCUGCGCAGGACUUGGGACAAACAGUACAAACACCACGACGUGAGCCCCAGGACUGUCAGGCUCGUUGCCAGUCUCUCCAAUGACUCUGUAAGUGUGGAUGGGGACAACUUGUCCACUUCUGUGCCGGUGUUCUCGUCCAGCUCAUCCCUGGACAGCUCCUCAAGCUACCCCAACCCACCGUACACCGUGACAGUGCGGCCUGGGAGGACUUUGAGAAGGGAGGACAACAUUACUCAGAUCAGUGCGGUCGGGCCAAUGUUUCGGGCUCCUCGGACUCUCCAGCCUCCUCCGGGGACAUUCUACAAGCCACCGCUGGGGACAAAGGCGAAGGCCCUGCAGAACUCUACACCCACUAACAGCGGUGAGGAGGAGGAGGAGGAAGAAGAGGAGGAUGAUGAUGAGGAGGUGGAGCUGGGGCUUGAGAUAGAGGUGUCAGUGGAUGGGCCCAUUGAGGAGGACAAUGAGGCAGAGCAGGCUCAGUCUCCUAUUCCCAGUUUGGAAGAACCAGGCCAGAACCAAGCAAAACCUGUGUACCAGAGACUCAGACCCAGACGCCUGCAAGAGAUAGAACAUAGGGAGGCUCAUUUUGUGUGACUGUUUCCAUGUGAAAUCCUCUGUUAAGGACACAAGACAGACUCGCUCCUCUGUUGUCAAAUGGGAAGCACUUAAAACGCUUUUUCCACAUGAUUUCACCAAUAUAUCAUUUCCCAAUCACAGUCACCGGGUCGCAAUAUUUAUAAUUUGAAGAUGUGCAAUUACAUUUAUGAGAUGUUUUUUUGUAUUCAGACUCACAUUCUUUUUAUGUUUAUAUACCAAAAAUCUGUAUUUCAAUUGUUUUAAUAGUGCGUGUAGCGACUAUAUGAAAAUAGUUAACUUUCAUCAUAACAGUAUUUUCAAUUAUUUCACAUUGUGAGGUAAAAUGUUACAGGUAGCGUGUGACUGAUCAUUUUGCUCAUGACUACUGCUGAUGUCAUCCACGUGCCAGUUCUUGCGUAACAUUUGCUUUGUGUUUUUAUACUGUCAAGCAUGUUUUUAAAGGGUCAACUUUACACAAAAAAGUUGUGUUUUGAACAGCAUCAAUGCAUUUUUUGUGAACACAUUUCUCAAUAGCCAAAGCCGAUUUUAUACGUGACGUAUAAAUAACUCAAACUUCAUGACUCAUUUGUAAGUAGCCGUGAGUUUAUUUAAAUCUCUAUUUUUCAUAAUGACCGACAUGGUUUGCAGAAUGUUGGAAAUUUGUGUAUUAAAAAAAAUAGCAGGUACAUCAAAACAGACACCCUUUUUGUAACUUAUUAAAAUAUAUCUGG